UACACAUUGUAAACGAGCAAAAAGUUCUUGGACCACCAGGUGCACCUUUGCCACUUCAGUCAUUUUCAUGAACUCAUUUCCCAGAAACUUUAAUGAAAGGCUUUUGGUAUGGUUAUGAUAGAAUUAUUUAUAAUUGUGGCAUUCCAUGGUCUCACUUAAAACCACAUGCGGAUUUCAAAAUAUAAGAGGACCAGGCAUUUUCAGUUUCCUGGAAACCUUACUUCUUGGUUUAUCAAGUGCAAUGACAAGACUCAGUGUUUCACUUCAAGUAAUACAACUACAGCUAUGCACCAUAAACAUUGUCAAGACUUUCAAGAGGUAUCUAGGAAUCAGCUCCUUUCUGUGGGGUUUACAAAGGAAACAUAACAUAGUUCUGCCAGGAAAAGUCAGUCCCACACUUGAAGUGCCUGACUCCAUUUUUAAGCCACAAUAUGUUACACAAAAACUUUCUGUCACAAAAGCACCUCCAGAUGCAGAAGUGAAAUCCCCAAAACAGAUUGAAGGAAUGAGAAAAACAUGCAGUAUUGCAGCAUCACUUUUAAAAUUUGCAGGUUCACUUAUCAAGGUUGGUAUGACAACAGAUGAACUGGACAAAGCAGUACAUGCAGAAUGUUUAUCAAAGGGAGCCUAUCCUUCUCCUUUGCUAUACCAGGGCUAUCCUAAAUCAAUCUGUACAUCUGUAAAUAAUGUUGUAUGCCAUGGAAUUCCUGAUGAUCGCAGGCUUCUAGAUGGCGAUAUUAUUUGUGUGGAUAUUACAGUUUUCUAUGAUGGCUACCAUGGAGACACAUCGGCAACAUUUCUGGUUGGCAGUGUUGCUGGUGAAAUGUGUCAUCUUGUAGAAGUUGCGCGGCAGUGCCGUGAUGCUGGCAUAGCGGUUUGUCGUCCAAAGGCACGAUUUAGUGAAAUUGGAUGGGCAGUCAGCAACUGUGCAGAGUCUGCAGGAUACUCGGUAGUCCCAGAGUUCUGUGGCCAUGGUAUUGGAGAAUAUUUUCAUGGGCCUCCAGACAUCAUCCAUGUUGCAUAUGAUGAUGAUGCAGAGAUGGAAGAAGGAAUGACAUUCACAAUAGAGCCAAUCAUCUGCAUGGGAUCCCCUGAGAUACGGAUCUUACAGGAUGGGUGGACAGCUGUAACUACAGACAACAGCUGGUCAGCUCAGUUUGAGCAUACGGUUCUUGUCACUCGCUCAGGUGUGGAAGUACUGACAACGUAACAGCUGCAAAAGAAAAAAAGAUUUAUUAAAAUAAAUAAGACACUUACGAAGAGUAUGAACAGUCUACUCUGAAAAAUCCAAAAGACAAAUUAAGAAGUACUUUGUGAGUGCUUUGAAUCAGUAUGUUGUUGGUAGGAUGUAUAACACAUCAGGACUGAACAUUCUACCUCAAUACACAUGAAGCCUUCUUUGAGUCAUGCAGAACUGCUUUCCAUACACAUUUUUGUAAAUGAAGGCAUUUAACAACAGGUAUUGUCAGAAGAUAAAUUUAGGAGGUUUGAAGAUGUAUGUGCUGAAGGAGAACUAAUGAGCACUUGGCAAAUUUAUUGACAAUCAGCAAGCAUUUAUGCUGUUUAAGAAAUUGAUGAUGUUAUUGGUGUCAAGAGCAGAAAAUCAGGGUUUGAUGAUAAGGAAUGAUAUAUACUCUACGAAUACAGUCGAUUUUUUGGAUCUGGUGAUACCUCCUGGCUAGCAAAUGGCAUGACUUUUUCAUCAAUGCUUUUGUGUAUAUAGUAAUUUUUGUAGCUGGUACUUUUCCAUACAUAUAUAGGUAUUUGUCACACACCUCUAAAGUUUUAAACAUUUUUUUAACAGUAAAAACUUUGUAAAUGCUAAGGAGAAUAAAGUGCUAUAAAAAGCUUGAAGGCAAUAAAGAAAAAGUAACUAAGGUUUCA